CUCUUUGCGGGUCAAGGGGCACCAGAACCAAAACAAUCUAACACAGCAUCCAAAAAUAACGCAUGACCUCAACUGGAACUGACGAUUAUAUGUAGCGUUACUGUUAGUUGGAACGGGUACCCCAGUACAACGGCGUUCCUCUGUUAUGUCAGCAAUCAUGGAUAUCAAAUGUGCGAAGGACAAUGACAAACGAGAGAGAAGAAAACGACAAAAAUCGUUUACAGAAGCUUUGAAGGAGAAAUAUUGCAUGGACAACGAUGAGCACUCUUCUGGCAAUGGCUACAUCAUCAUCAGCCCAAAACGAAAGAACUCCCCAGCUGAACUGGCCCAUUUAAAAACAGUGGUGCUGAAUGAGAUGAGCCUGGCAAAGGCUGGCAUCCCCCAGCAAGGCCUGACUUCACUCUGCCCCAAUGUCGUUGACCUUGACCUUGCCAGCAACAUGUUUGAGCACUGGUCGGAACUGCUGACUAUCUUGUCGCACCUGCCAAGGGUCAAAUACGUCAACGUGAGCAGAAACUCUCUCAGGUUGAAAUCUACGGACGAACUGCCGAGCACACACCUGUCUGUGGAGAACCUGGCUCUGAACGACACGGGCGUGUCCAUCGAGGAAGUGGUCCGACUCUCCCAGAUCAUGCCCGCCCUGAAGGAACUACAUCUGUGCGGAAACAGUUACGAGAGCUUGGCCAAUAUUGAGGACGGUAUCAGAGACGGGCACCUGUCAUCGGUGGAAUGUCUGCGGCUGAACAAUAACGCAAUCAAGAGCUGGUCGGAGGUGUGGAAGCUCCGACACAUGCAACAGCUGAAGGACUUAAUCUUGUCUGGCAACCCACUGGACAAAAUCUUUUACGACUUGGAUGACCAGGUGUGCUGUGAUGACCAGGAAGUGGCGUCGAAGCCUGGUGUGAGCUGCGACGGAGACAGCACGGUGUGUGAGGAGGAGAUUUUCCUCCAGAUGUCCACAGACUGCGGCGACUGCGGUAUGAGCGACGACGACAACAACUCGGGGGAUGGAGAGUUCGAGUUCCGCAACCUGUCCGGUGCUGGUGACGAGGAUGACGACCAUGACUUCGGGGAGAGGCCGGUCAGUAGGUUUGACCGUCACGAAGAGUCAGACGUUUCCGACGACGCGGAGACCACGUCCACCAGCGCGGUCAGUAGCGUGGACAUGGAGAUGUGCUGCGGGGGAGGAGGUCCCAGCAACGCCAACUACAACAACAGCCACAGCACCCCACCCCACAAGUCUCUGUACGGGGCCGAGAUGGCCGAGGAGUCAGGCGCCUGGUUCGGAGUCUUCCCUUCGGACGAACUGCUGGACGGGGACGCGACGGAAAGCUUCUUCGAGGGCGAACCCGCGACGCACGUGGAGGGAGAAGGAGGGGAAGACUGGCACAAGACUGUGGCCGAGGCGUUCCUGCAGGAAAUCAUCAACAACUUGGACUUUCAGGACAGUGUGGGGGACUCCGCUGGUGGGUCUGGACAGUGCCGUACCUCUGCCGACAAGCAACAACCCGCCCAGAUGGUCGUGUCCUCUGCGUCUAGCGCCACCGAAGCCAUGAGCGAUUCCUCGCACAGCGAAGGCAGUGCCACCAUGGCUCCCUCCCCCUCACACAGCCAUCUCCUGGGAGCCACAGACAGGCCGGCUGGUGGGAACUGUGGGGAAGGCAGCGACAGACAGCAAUAUUUGCCCGAGGCCAACACCAACCAGAACGCUUUUUCUGACGCAGUUUUGAAAACAGAAUCACAAGGUGGCCUUGACAUUGUGCAGAAUAACCGUAGCUGUAGGAAUUUAAUCACCACAGCUUCGUCCAUGGCAGUGUCUGAUCCUACGUGGGAGAUGAAUUCAUCUUCCUCUAUCAAAAGUCGCAGUGCAGACAUGAAUAGAUGCAAUGUAAAGAGAAAUAUAUUUGCUGGCCCGGCGUGUGGGAACAUUGCUUUGUGUACAGCGGGGGGAGUGGACGUGGACACACCUGUGCGGGGACUGACCGCCAGCUCGGAGUCUUGUGGUGUUAGCAAGCAACAGAGGUCAUGUGACCAGUGUGAACAACAACAACAGUUGCCUGCAGAGAAGUGCAGUGUCGAUCAAAGUUCUCUGAUUAGUAACGUUCAGGCUGGACUAUCAGCUUGUGAGUCAAGAAACAGGGAAAGCUGUCAGUCUAGUGAUGUCGGUAGAGACAGCUGUCGCUGCGACGGCCCGACAGAGACUUCAUCUCACUCGAAGCAAAAGGCGGGCUGGGUCAGGGAAUCAAUGUUCUUCAGUAACGAGCCUCGUCUCCGCAUCAUCAAUUCCAACAAAACCAGCCGGCGAGACCCGCUCGACCUUUCCCCGACGGAAUCGAUGACGACACCACCACCGUCGUUGUCGGCAACAAACGUGAAUCACCCACCGCCCCUACUCCCCGAGUGUGGCUCGAGCCCGGACUUUGUCAAGUGCCAAUCUGAGAACGGUGCGGACUCCCCAGGUGGGGCGUCGUCCUCACCUCGGUCAGACACGAGCGACCGCCGCUUGCCGUUCCAGAACCUGGAGACACUGUGUCUGAGCAACGCGGGCGUGUCGCACUGGAGACAUCUCCACGCCCUGGGGCUCUUCCCCAAGCUCACCAACGUCAGGAUGCUGGAAAACCCGCUGUACUCGUCGGUGCAUCCCGAGGACAGAAGAAAACUGUACAUAUCCAGUUUGCCAAACGUGAAGGUGCUGAACGGCAGCGAGGUGACGCACAUGGAGCGAGAGAAGGCCGAGUCUCACUACCUGCGCUACUUCAUGGACGCGGACGACAAGCCAGAGUUCUAUCACACGCUCGUCCAAAAACACGGACCACCGGUCAAGCUGGUGGACAUUGACCUUGGGGCGGGCUACCAGGAGUGGGCCAGCCUCACCUUCGUGCACAACGGGGUCGCAAAGUUCACCAAGAAACUCCACCUGACGGAGCCCGUGGUGAAACUACGCACGCUCAUCUCCAAGCAGCUCGGAUUACCCAAACGCUCGUUUAUGAUGUACCACAACCCGUGCGGCCCCUCCCACCCCGAGUACGAGAGAGAGCUGACGGAGCUGCGCUGUGAGAGCCUGCCCAUGUCGCGCUUUGACUUUGCCGAGGGCGACGAGAUCCACGUGGAUGCGUAGUAGUCGAGGAGUAGAUGAUUGGAUGUUGGGAUGUCUGGACUCUGGGCUCUGUGGUGACUGCAGAGUUACGGUGUGUGUGUGUGUGUGUGUGUGUGGUGAGGGGAGGAGGAGAGCUUGUCUUUAAGAAUUGUAAUAGUGUUCGUCUAGUUGUGGAUGGGGGAAGGGAUGAGAAGAUGUGAGUUCUUGGGUCUUUUUAUAUCUUACAAUGAAGGUAUGUGGUAAGUGAUGAUCAGUCGCUAACAUGCGGGGACUAUCAAGUACUUGGACUUUUUUUAAUAUGGUAAUGAAACACGUCUAAAACACACUACUCCCCCAAUCUACGACACUGUCGACUGUCGAUGUUCACAAAACUGUUGUGUCGGUCGUGGGCAUUCUUGAACCUCCUUUGGAGUUGCUUUGAAUCGAAGGGUCAAGGCUGGUGAUUUGCAACUUCAGCUGUUACGUCUCUUUGUACAGUUGUGAAUAUUGUGUAGCAAUAUUACCCGUGCGUGAAUCGGAUUGCCCCAAUUAGAGGGCAUAACAUUUGUUUGUAGGAGAUAGUGGUAGUUGAGUGUGUUUCUGUUUGUAGUGAUACCACUGGCUGUUGUUUUUGCCGUAACUGUUUGUCCAUUUUGUCUGAGGCAGGGAAGAGUACCUUGUUGAACUUUCUCUUUGUCAGUGAUGGAAAGUUUUUGGUUCAGACUUACGCCAUUUUGGUACAGAAGCGAUGAUGUAUUUACUCCCCUUGUACAUACAUUAGUCCAAUGAUCAUGGCCACUUUUGGUUUUAAGUAAUAUUGCUACUAAGAAAUUAGUGUGGACUCAGCUUAAACCAAAAUCUCCAGGACUGCUGUACUAUCUUCACUUUUGUCAAGUUUUUGGGUUAGAGGGUUGCUGAACUAUAUAAGGGGUAAAAAAUCUGUGAUGUCAUUUUAGUCCAGUUUACCACUGUUUGUGGAUUGACCGUGUUCAGUUUAAAGCAGACUUCAGGUGGCCGUUAGAGCACUGGCGACUGUGGUGUAGCUGUCUCACACAGAAAUACAGAAGACCGGAGUUCAAUUCCCGAGUGGCGAGAAUUUUUAUCGAGUAUUUCAGUCUCCCUUCUGGGACAUAUCUUUCUCACCCCUGGUUGGCCCUGUAAGGCAGGGUCAAAGCCCGCAUCAUAAAUUAUCUAAAUUGAGGGAUGAGGGCGUAAAACACCAACCUUUUUUUUCUCUAAAUGUUCCCGGCGUCUGACCCGUCUCUGUUGCACGUCAGCGUCUGUGUUUUGAUUAUGCACAUCCUAUGGGUGGCAGAUAUUUAGGCCUGUACAUAAUGCAAUCCCUACUUCUCUAUGAAGCCAGAUGAUUGCGGCCCUGUUCAGCGUGUCAGCAGUGGAGAGACAUUAUAAAUGUAACCUCCUGAAAAAGACGUCUGUCCUGAGACAGGCAGUGGGCGGGGAUAUUGCUCACCACAGAAGUGGUUAAGAGUGUUCUGUGUCAUAUUGUCAUAUUAUGAUGACUGAGAGCUUUCUUCUUUAUGAUGUCACUGAUAUUUUCAGAUAAAUUGUGAUAUAGAUUUUUAAGGCAUUCCAUACUUUGUGUGGUAGGUCAAAAGAAAAAAAUGUAUGCAUCUGAUGUGAGCUUUGGGAGUAACUUUUAAGUUGACCUGGCGGUAAUCUGACUGAAGUUUGUCCUAUGUCAUGAGGGUUUUGGGGGUUUUUGUUGUUUUUUUCUUGUGGAGAACUUACAAUGACGACUUGACAACCUAUAUAUAUAUAAAAUAUGAAUUAUAUUAUUAUCAGACCUGCCCAAAAAAAUGGAUUUAAUGCAGAUCUGACUGCAGUUCUUCAGUGAGCAUAAAAAAAAAAAAAAGACGACGAAAAAUCAGAGAGCUCUGAUUUUAUUGGGAUAUUUGGCAGGUCUGUAUUAUGUUCCACGCAGUGCCAGUUAUGUGGGAGUUCAGUCCUGAGGUGUGAGAGUCUGUGAAAACACAGGUGGUGACUGGUAGCAGCAUGCCGUAUGCUGGUGUGUUGCAACUGAUGUACAGAGUGAGCUACACAAAGUGUGUUGGAGUUGAGUCUUGGCGCGUGAGAGUCAGUGAGAGCACAGGUGGUGACUGGUAGCAGCGUGGCCGCGUGCUGGUGUGUUGCAACAGCUGUACAGAGUGUGGUGUGCCGUGUGACGUCCACAGUAUGUAGACAGAGAAGCAAUAGUGCUAUACAUUGUAGUUGUGUUCCCUCGUUCUCUAAGUUCCUCCGAGCCGCUUUGCAAUAUGAUGACAUCUAUGUAGUAGGCUGGAUCACAUUUGUUUCAUAUUAUAAUAGAGUAGAUCUACUAUGUCACUACAGGUUUAUUGCUUCUCCAGCAAGGUUAUUCCUUGUUGAGAGGAGACAAAAACAAUUAUGGUGUAGGGAAGUCAGACACUCAGUAAAAUAAUGAAUUAGAAGAAACCGACAUUUUUCCGCCAGUUGAGCAAUUUUUAUCAGUUUUUGGGGGUGAUGGUGGGGGGGGGGGUGUCAAGACUAUUUUUGUCCUUUUAAAAGCACAUUUCGGUGUCGAUGUUGCUUAAAACAUUGAUCAAGGGCACAAAAAAUAUAAAUCUGCAGUUUCCAAAGGCAUUCAAGCUUUGCAGCCAUUUUCUGGCUAAUGUUACCUUUGACACCACGUGACCCCCAUCUCCUUUAAUGAUUUUAAUCUCAAAUGCCUCGACUUGUCUUCAAAUUAUAAAGACAAAUGAACAAACUUUAAUAUUAUAAUCCUAUCAACAACUCCAUUUGCCCAAAACUAACAAACGCCUGAUUCCACCGUGUCAUGACAAAUCAUUUAUCCUUAUUGUACAAACUUGACCUACUAAUUUCAUGACAUAAAAGAUAACAACAUCUCCUACAGAUAUCACCACCGUUCUCCUCAAGUUGGUUCCAAUCUCCUUUAAAUUAUUACCAUUAGUCAUAACAUCAGUCAGUUAAUUUGUCGUACGGAAAUGCUAUGUUUUUCCGGGUUUUGUUAACAAAAUUAUUUUGUUCAUUGUAUUGAGAUGUUUUAACAGUCUAAUUUUUACAGUUGAAACCUGCAUGCGUACACUGUUUACAGUGUGUUUGUCUAUGAUAUAUUGCUUUUGAGAAAUGCAGGAACGGUAUUCAUCUUUUAAAAUGGUACCACUCACCAGAUAUUUUAGUUAUAUAUAUGUGUUUACAGUUUCAGAGUUGCUCUGAAAUCUUGGCCUUUUUUUAGACACUUAAGUUUACAUUUUGUAAUGGUCGAAUGUUUUGGGGGAUUUAAUUUUUUCAAGGUGUUUGUUUUUAACAUAUAUUUGUACUUCAUACAGCAACAUUUGUAUGUGAAGUAAAGCACAAUUUAUUCAAUGCUUUAUUCCUGGUCUUGUUUAUUUUUACGAUCAAUACCUAUGUCAAUAUUUCCACUGUUUGUUCCGUCAGAUUAUUAGGUUUUUCUUAUGUUUAUGGUGCUUAUAAAUUGAACUGAAGGUGAAGAGAGAACCAGAGGCUGGUUGUUUUUGGUAAAGGUAAAUUAUGUUUUGAUUAGGACAACUGCAUUAUUGAGAAAAUGAGUGGGAAGUUACAGGGCAAGUUAUCUCAAUAAUGCAGGUAAAAAUGUCUCUGCACUUUUAAAUAUUUUUAAUAUAAUUUUUUAUUUUUUUUUGAGGGGGGGUGGGGGGAGAUAGCUAGAAAAAGCCAACACACAUUAUGUAGGCUGAAGAAGUUUAUCAUAAAUUUACACCGUAGUCUAGUUGUUGCACUACAUGUACCAGACUCAUGACCGUGAGAUUGCAAGGUCAGGGGUUGGAGGCUCAGCUCAGUCCGGUGUUGUGUCCUUGGGGGAAGCACUUUACGAGUAUGUUCCCAUUGGCUCGGUCCUUUCGGAGAUGGACGUUUAACUUGGAGGUCCCGCCUCUGUAACAACCUUCCAGUGUUGCGAGGGGCAUUACACGGAUACAAUUCGUUCCUUUUUUUUGUUGUUUUUUUGGUGCUCACGUUGGUACUGAAACUACUUGGGUAUUCUGACUAAAUAUUGGUAUUAUAGGAAUUUCCUUUUUCAUUAAUUCUGUUGUAGUUUUUAUACCUUUUGAUUCGUAGUAAUUUUUUUCUGUUGUCUUUAUUAAUGUUGGAUUUAUUUUGUUCAGUUUGAUUUCUGUCCCUGUUUGUGAUACAUUAUUCAUUAUUGAGUUUUAUUGGACGAAGUAGAUGUGAGAAUAAUUCUAUACAUAAACGUAGUAUAUUUUUUA